UUAUUGAUCAAACUAAGAUUUUCAUCACCAUGGCAACUAGACUCUUGUGCUUUGCAACAUUAAUGCUUACUGCAAGCAUCUUAGUAUUAGGAAUUUCUGCUCAAAUUGAAUGUGGUGGUAACCCAAAUGAAAUGAGGCAAUGUAUAAGUUUCAUUCAAAAGGAAGGGCCAAAAAUUCCACCAUCAGAAUCUUGUUGUGCAGCAUUAAAAAGUGCUGAUAUCUCGUGUUAUUGCAAAUAUUUAACAUUAAUACCUGAUAUUGAGAAAAGGUUCAGCAUAGAAAAAGCUUUGUAUGUGGCAAAAACUUGUCAGGCUCAAAAUAUUCCUACAGAUAAGUGUGGAAGUUAUACUAUUCCUCAUCCUCCUUCAUCUAAGGCUUAAAGACAACAUUGAAUGCAUGAAACUAAUGCAAAUGAAUAAAAUAAAAUAAAAUAGACAUGUGAUUUGUCUUUUUAGUUAUUAAUUUAUAUUGUCUCUUCAUUUGAUUUGUAUUUAAAUGAGUUAAAUGAAAUGAUUUCACU